AUGGAUGGCCUGGCAAUGGCCCUUUGGGCCCUGUGGAACUCCAAUACGUUUUCGGCAGCAUUGCAGAAGGCUGUGAAUCUGCUGGGUGAUGCAGAUACGGUUGGUGCAAUUGUUGGUCAGAUGGCUGGAGCACUCUAUGGCUGGCAGAGGAUCCUCGCAGAGGAAUGGAGCAAUCGAUGCGUAAAGAACCUGAUGUUCUGGGACAAGGGUGCGGAAAUCGGUUUGCGCGCAGUGCUUCUCUAUCACCGUGGCCCUCGCCCGCAAGCACAGCUACAAAGCCAUCAUUCCAAGGUGAAGGUCUAUCAAAAACCGACUCGCGAUGCUCCACUUGCUGGGGAGAUUCAUGCAGGGGAGAAGGUGACGUGUAUUGAUGCUGUCGAUGGCAGCUACCAAAUUUGCCACGACAGCGGUUUGCAAGGCUGGAUUAGCGCCCAAGAUGUGAAGGAAUUCAUGCCGGCAGUGGGAACUGAAGAUCUCGGGCGCUACAUCCUCGGGCCUUCCAAAAAGGCACCAGUUCGGGGUCCGCUUGAUGGGUCACCUCCUCCAAUUCCUAAGGAGCCAGCGCCCAGAAGAACAUUGAGAGACCUCAAGUUGCCUAGCUUGUUUUCGUCCAGGAAGUCAUGA